AUGCAAGUGACGGUUGCAGUGAAGCGGCGGACUGCCCCACGGCUGACUUCAUGCGGCACUUCUUGGGCGUGCUGCGCAACACUGCUGCUGGUCAGUGGGCGUAUGAGGAGGAGUCGGCGCUGGGCAGCCUGGGCAGCGCGGGCUGCGUUGGAUUGGCAUGAGCUGGCAGCCCGUACUGAUGAGGUUUUGGAAGCGGUUUCCGAUCAUAAGCCGUCUCCGCAAGAAGCCGAAGCUGUGCGCAUGGAGCUCGCGAGAGUGGCAGACCUUCAGGAGGUUGUUGCAGAAGAUUGGCGAGCGGAAUUGGAUGCACGCCAUGCAAAAGUAAGUUGGUAUGAGGAGCUUUUUCAGGAGACCCGCCUGGCAAAGUUGACAGGCGGCACUCCGCCAGAUGUGGACUGGACAUUGAUAGCUGACCGCAUCAACAAGCGCUUCAAGUACAAGCCUGGCAAGGAUGCCUUCCUCCCCAUACAUUACCUCACAUACGAGGAUUGGUUCUUGCGGCAGCUAUCGCCGGCCACUCUGGAGCGGUGCUUCUCACAAGCAGCCCUGGCGGACGUUUGCUCGCCUGUGCAGGGGAAGGCAUGGGAACAGGUGCCCAGCGGUGAGAUGUCCUUGAAGAUUUCGGUGAUCGCUGUGUCAGAGCUGUUGCAUGUUCUGGACGGAAAGCAGCUGGUGCAGCUGCGUUUGCGCUGGCCAGACUACCAUCGGGUUCACAGCCCAGUGGAUGGCAGGAUCACCUCCAUUGACCGAUACCAGAAGGAUGAGCUAUUUCCUGGUGCGGAAUCAUUGACGAUUUUCUCCUUCAGCACCUCCUUCGGCUUGGUGCGCUUGCUGUGCAUCGGCGAGUGGUCAGUUCAGAGCUUCGCGGCGCUCGCGAAGGUUGGGGAUGAGGUAACCAAGAUGGACGAACUCGGCCACUUCGAUCUGGGCUCCCAGGUCAUCCUGUCACUGCCAGAGGUCGACGUCUGCUUUGAGGGGAGCCCCAGGCUGUUCCCGGGUGACCCUAUUGCAAGCAAGCGCUGCAGUCCCAGCGGCAAAGAGCCGUCAAGAGAAGAGGGAGACCGCCAAAAAAAGAGCUUUCGUGAAGGAGGUUGA